AUGGCCAGGAGCGGGCCCAGCGCCUGCUGGACACUAUUGCUCUCCCUCUUGGUCCUUAUAGGAUGCAUUGUAGUGCCUGGAUCGACUGUGAAGCAUGAGAACUUCAAAACAUGUGCUCAAUCAGGCUUCUGUAAACGAAACCGAGCCCUCGCCGACAAUGCCUCUGCCCAGGGUGCGUCUUGGAGCUCUCCCUACGAGCUUGACCCAGCCACCAUACACUUCAAGGACGGUCAAUUGUCUGGUAUUUUAAUUAAAAUCACAUCCACGAACGUGAAGGUCCGCCUGCCUUUGUUGGUAUCUUUCCUGGAAUCGGGUGCCGCGCGCCUGGUUGUCGAUGAGGAGAAGCGCAUGAAGGGUGACAUUGAAGUUCGACAUGACAGCAAAGCAAACAAGAAGCGUUAUGACGAGACUGAAAAGUGGGUCCUCGUUGGGGGCUUGGAAGUGAGCAAGUCGGCUACAUUGAACGCACAAACAGAGACUGGUUUCACCAAGGUUCUGUACGGACCGGAGGACAAAUAUGAAGCCAUCAUCCGUCAUGCACCAUUUGAAGUUGAGUUCCAACGGGAUGGUCAGACCCAUGUGCAGCUAAACCAUCAAGGUCUCUUUAAUAUGGAACACUGGCGACCCAAGGUGGAAGGCAAGGAAGAGGCUGGAGAGGACGAGAGCACCUGGUGGGAAGAAACCUUUGGUGGCAACACUGACUCCAAGCCUCGUGGUCCUGAGAGUGUUGGACUAGAUAUCACUUUCCCUGGUUAUAACCAUGUUUUCGGAAUUCCCGAACACGCAGACUCUCUUUCUUUGAAAGAAACGAGAGGUGGCGAUGGAAACCACGAAGACCCUUACCGGCUAUAUAAUGCCGAUGUUUUUGAGUAUGAGCUCGACAGUCCCAUGACUUUGUACGGAGCAAUUCCCCUGAUGCAGGCUCAUCGCAAGGGCUCUACCGUCGGUGUUUUCUGGCUCAAUGCGGCGGAGACGUGGAUUGAUAUUGUCAAGAAGUCUGCAUCUUUCAAUCCUCUUUCAAUGAGUGCAAACUCCAAGAUUGAUACCCAGACUCAUUGGUUCUCGGAGUCUGGCUUGAUCGACCUCUUUAUCUUCCUUGGACCCACGCCACAAGAUAUUAGCAAGACAUAUGGCGAACUGACUGGCUAUACUACAUUGCCGCAGCAAUUUGCAAUUGCCUACCACCAAUGCCGCUGGAACUAUGUCACUGAUGAAGAUGUCAAAGAAGUAGACGCCAAGUUCGACAAGUACCAGAUUCCGUUCGAUGUGAUCUGGCUAGAUCUUGAAUAUACCGAUGACCGAAAGUACUUCACUUGGGAUCCAAUGACCUUCCCCGACCCUAAGGGUAUGCAAGAACAGCUUGCCGAAUCUGAGAGAAAGCUCGUGGUCCUCAUUGAUCCCCACAUCAAGAACAAAAAAGAUUACUUUGUUUCACAGGAGCUAAACAGCAAGGGCCUCGCUGUGCUCAACAAGGACGGCGAGGUCUACGAUGGAUGGUGCUGGCCUGGAUCAUCCAACUGGGUCGAUUGCUUUAACCCUGCUGCGCACCUCUGGUGGAGCAGUCUUCACAAGUUCGACCGAUUCAAGGGUUCGCUUUCUAACCUGUUCAUUUGGAAUGACAUGAACGAGCCGUCUGUAUUCAACGGCCCGGAAACAACUAUGCCAAAGGACAACCUUCACUUUGAUAACUGGGAGCACCGUGACGUUCACAACGUGAACGGUAUGACUCUUGUCAAUGCUACCUACCAGGCAAUGCUGGAGCGCAAGAAGGGCGAGGUGCGCCGGCCCUUUAUUUUGACUCGAUCGUUUUACGCAGGAUCUCAGCGUAUGGCUGCCAUGUGGACUGGAGAUAACCAAGCCACCUGGGAUCACCUUGCAAUGUCUCUGCCCAUGGUCCUAACUAACGGUGUUGCCGGAUUUCCAUUUGCUGGCGCUGAUGUUGGCGGCUUCUUCCACAAUCCCGAUAAGGACCUCCUCACACGGUGGUACCAGGCCGGUAUAUGGUACCCUUUCUUCCGCGCUCAUGCGCACAUCGAUACUCGUCGUCGUGAGCCUUACUUGAUUAGUGAGCCACACCGAACCAUUAUCUCCCAAGCAAUUCGCCUGAGGUACCAACUAUUGCCAGCCUGGUAUACCGCAUUCCACGAGGCCUCGAUCAACGGCACGCCUAUUGUUCGCCCUCAGUACUAUGCUUUCCCCGAUGAUGAGCAGGGCUUUGCUAUCGAUGAUCAACUCUACCUUGGUGAAACUGGUCUUCUUGCGAAACCUGUUGUUACCGAAAACACUAUCACCACUGACAUCUAUAUCGCCGACGAUGAGAAAUACUAUGACUACUUCGACUUCACCGUCUACCAGGGUGCCGGUAAGCAUCACACUGUCCCCGCUCCAGAGGACAAAAUACCUCUGUUGAUACAGGGUGGACACAUCGUUCCACGCCGAGACCGCCCUCGCCGUAGCAGCGCUCUCAUGAGAUGGGAUCCUUACACCUUUGUUGUGACAUUGGAUAAGAACGGCGAGUCGGAAGGAACCCUUUACGUUGACGAUGGAGAGACGUUUGACUAUGAGCGGGGCGGCUACAUACACCGUCGCUUCCAGUUCCGCAACUCAGUCCUCUCGUCUGAGGAGCUCGGCACCAAGGGUUCCAAGACCGCCGAGUAUGUUAAAAGUAUGGCUGGCGUCACUGUUGAGCGUGUAGUUAUCAUUGACCCACCUCAGGAGUGGAAGGAUAAGAGUACUGUCACUAUCAUCGAGGACGGGGCCAGAGCUGGCUCUACGACCUCGCUAGAGUACUACGAGCAGACGGGUGGCAAGGCGUCUUACGCUAUUGUCAAGAAUCCCAAUGUUGGUAUUGGAAAGACAUGGCGCAUAGAGUUCUGA